AUGGCUCGCCUCCUGUCUCUCUUAUCCCUCGCAGCCACUCUCCUAACAACCACCCUCGCCCUCCCCUCUCUCACCCCAAUCCCCCGUCAAGACCCAGCAGAUAUGGACGAACCGACCGUGAUAUUCAACAAACUCAUCGACGCCAGCGCAUCCAUAAACGUAACCGUAAUCGGCCUGAUGAACUCACGCGCGGACCAAGACGAUAGCCAACGACUCGCGAACGCCGCCUCUGGACUUAACGAUCUUCAAGACGAACAAGCUUUAGUAUCGCAAAUGCUAAACGGACUCGUGUUUGCUGGAGAUCACAGCCAGGAUGGGAAUUUCCAGACCAUUUCCGAGGCUGAUAAGAAGGUUGUGGGAUUCUUCCACACCGCGAUGCGGGCGCCGCAGUUACAGGUGGCGCAGGAUUGUGGGGUUGCUAUUGCUUGUGAGAGGAAUACUAUCCUCAACAUCCUCACUAUCUACGCCAAUAAGUAUAAUAAAGUGGUCAACUGCAACAACGAUAACGCGACUAGCUUCUUUCCAACAGGUAUCACCGCGCCUGGUCUCAAUUGUGGGAGUAUGCUACAAUUUUGCCCACUAUGA